GAAACCCUAGCCCCGGUCGGUGCCAAUCAAUAGAAGAAGUAUAUGGUCGGAUUUCGAUCUCGAAAAUGGCAUUGUUUGAUAUCCUCUCCGCCGCCAUGAUCUUCUCCAGUGACACCGAUCACGAAAGCGUCGUCUCAAUCUCGGUGUACGCCGCCGUGCUCUGCCUCUGCAUCGUUGUCGGGCACUUUCUCGGAGAGAAUCGAUGGGUUAACGAGUCCAUCACAGCCAUGCUAAUCGGAUGCAGCAUUGGAACUAUUAUAUUGUUUUCAAGCAAAGGCAGAAGUUCUCACAUUCUAAGAUUUGAUGAGGAAUUAUUCUUUAUAUAUCUUCUUCCACCAAUAAUUUUCAAUGCUGGAUUUCAGGUUAAGAAGAAACAGUUCUUUCAUAACUUUCUGAACAUAAUGUUUUUUGGAGUAGUUGGUGUUUUCAUAUCGUUUGCCAUCAUAUCAGCUGGGAGCUGGUGGCUUUUUCCAAAGAUUGGUUUCAAUGGUCUAAGUGCACGGGAUUAUCUAGCUCUUGGAACAAUAUUUGCUUCAACAGAUACUGUCUGUACAUUGCGGGUUCUUCAUCAAGAUGAGAACCCUCGUCUGUAUAGCCUGGUUUUUGGGGAAGGAGUUGUAAAUGAUGCUACAUCUGUUGUUCUCUUUAAUGCAAUCCAAAAUAUGGCUGUCUAUAAAUUAGAAGGCUGGGCAGCAGUUCAUGUUAUUGGAGAUUUUCUGUACUUAUUUUCAACAAGCACUAUCCUGGGCAUUGCUACUGGGCUUUUGACUGCUUAUGCUCUUAAGACCCCAUAUUUUGGUAGGCAUUCAACUGAUCGUGAAAUAGCUUUGAUGGUCCUGAUGGCAUAUCUGUCCUACAUGCUGGCAGAGUUGUUACAGUUGAGUGGGAUCCUGACAGUUUUUUUGUGUGGGAUUGUCAUGUCACAUUAUGCACAGCAUAAUGUUAGGGAUAACUCAAGAACCACAACUAGGCAUAUUUUUGCGACAUUAUCAUUCAUGGCAGAAACAUUCAUUUUUCUUUAUGUGGGGAUGGAUGCCCUCGACAUUGAGAAGUGGAAGACGACCAAGACAAGGUGCUGGAAGACAUCCUUCGGCAUCUAUAGCAUCAUCUUGUUUCUCGUUAUGCUGGGGCGUGCUGCUUUUGUAUUUCCUCUCUAUGCUUUAUUCAACCAUAUGAGCUCAAGUUCUGAAGGGUCAUUAAUUACGUUCAAGCACCAGGUUAUAAUCUGGUGGGCUGGUCUAAUGAGGGGAGCUGUUUCUGUUGCACUGGCAUUUAGUCAGUUCACUGUUUAUGGUGUUACAUGGGAUCCUGUUCAUGCAACAAUGAUCACCAGCACCGUCGUAGUCGUACUUUUCAGCACUCUGGUGUUUGGUUGUGUAACAAAACCACUCAUAAGCAUACUGCUACCUCAUCAUGCACGAGAAAAUAACCAGCCACACGACGACUCCGCAAAUAAUGAUGUCACCUUCCCCUUGCUCUCACUUGAUGGUUCUGCUGCCACUGCUAUUCUCCAAGCCAAGAGCAGUUUAUCGCUGAUGCUUGCAAGGCCAGUCCACACCAUACAUGCCUACUGGAGGAGGUUUGAUGACGAGUACAUGAGGCCAGUUUUUGGCGGACCAUUUUAACCUAUCGACUAAAUAAAGUUGUAAAUCCCUUGGUUCAAGUUCUGGACUACCAUACAAGGCAAUGCGGCAUGUUUUGGCCUAGAUCAUGACCGAAAUUAGUGGUACAAAGUUGCAGCACUUUGAACCAUGGUAUGCUGUAGUAUACCGUAUCAGACUGUACUGGACAUAUUGUACUACACCGGUUCAGUACUGGUACCGGUACAGGUAGCGUACCGACCCUCGAAAUGCAAAAAAAAUCUCCUACCGUACUGUAUCGAUACUAUGCUAGUGUGGCACCGGUACGGAGUCCGGUACCGGUAGUGUGAACCUUGCU